AUGGCCUUGCUUGCUGGUAAUACUUUCUUGGAAGAAUCUACUUGGGUACCUACGACACUUCCAACUAUCAUUGAUUUUGAAGCAAAUUUAGGCUAUUCUCCUAAUUGCUACUAUUUGUCCCAAUCAUCUUUGGAUAGGAAACCCCUCACCCAAGUAUAUCUUGCAUUCCCAGCUAUUGCAAAGCGGCAGCAUAUGCCGUAA